GGCAUGCGGAUGAUCGCAUUAAAUGAAUUAAGUAAUUCGUGACGAAAUACAGCCUGGCUAAAUCCAUUAUUUUAAAUUAUUUAAAGUAAGGUGUUAGAUAUUAAAGUGCGCGAAAUUGAACAACACAAUGAAUUUAAAUGUUUUUGUGAAUAAUAUUUUCGGUUAUGUACAAAACUUUAGUUGGAAAUGGAAUCCAAUUUUGCGAUGUGUUAUUCGUGUUCUCGCCCUAUCCCACGCAAUAACGCCCGCGGGAUGGCCGAAAAAUUACAAAUUAAGAGAUGGUGAAACAUUCGACUUUAUCAUCGUUGGUGGAGGUUCUGCUGGCGCUAUAGUAGCUGCACGAUUAAGUGAAAUAUAUCACUGGAGGGUUCUACUCAUUGAGGCUGGCGGCGACCCCCCGUUUGCAAGUGUGGCGCCGAGCUUGUUUUCAACAUUGGCCCAUACCGAGUAUGACUGGGAUUAUAAAGCUCAUCUCGAUCCCGGCGUUGGUAAAAGCCACCCAGGAGGAAUCUUAUACGCAACAAGAGGAAAAAUGUUGGGAGGAUGCUCCUCCAAUAAUUAUGAAUUAUAUCUAAGAGGAGUACCAGAAGACUACGAAGAGUGGAAUGAAGUUGCACCAGGUUGGGGAUGGAAUUCGGUUUUCAAAUACUUUAAGAAGUUCGAGCGAAUGACUGAUCCUAUUGUACUAAAUAAUCCUAAGAAUGCAUAUCUCCAUUCAGCUUAUGGACCGUUAGCCGUAUCUAGACCAAGAAGUAAUACAUAUUUCGAAACUAUGGACGAAAAGAUGCUGAAAUCCUUUGAGGAACUUGGUAUUAAAAGAGUUUUAGAAAAUAAUGGUCCAGAAAAGUAUGGUGCAUCAACACCCCACUUUACUUUUGCUAAAGGCAGAAGGUCGAGUACAGCUGAGGCAUAUUUGAGAUCAAAUAGGGACAGACCUAAUCUAUUUAUAGCUAAAUAUUCUAGGGCUAUUAAAAUAUUAAUAAAUCAUCAGACUUCUAGAGCGUAUGGUAUUCGCGUACGGCAGGAGUCUGGUGAAAUAAUUGAAGUAAAUGCUAAAAUAGAAGUGGUUCUUUCAGCAGGUUCUAUCGAUACUCCAAAAUUAUUGAUGUUGUCAGGUAUCGGCCCUGUAGAAAUUCUGAGUAAAGUCGGCGUAGAAGUUAUAGCCAAUCUUCCUGUUGGUAAAAAUUUGCAAGAUCAUAAAAUAUUUCCCAUAGCAAUAUCAGGCCGCAAAGGAUUUCGAUCAGUACUUCAGAAUUUACUUAUUACAACUCAGCUGGAUUCGUUUCCAACUCCAAUUCAAAGUGGUUUUUUCAAACUUAACAGCUCCUUCUAUCACCCUCAAAACAUAUAUGAUGAAAACAGACCACAGUUUCAAUUUUUCAAUAUGCUCAUCGGGGCCACUGCAUCGCUUGGAAUAUUUUAUGGCUGUCGAACCAUUACUAAUUUCGACAAUCGAUAUUGUCAUUCACUCAGUAAAGCAAAUUUAGGUCAGGAGUUAGAUUUGUUAUCAUUGGUGUUGCUACAUCCUUUGUCAAGAGGCCAAGUAAAAAUCAAAAGUGCGGAUCCAAUGGACGAUCCAAUUAUUGAGUUGGGCUAUUUUAGACAUGCACUUGAUUUACACAGAGUGGCACAAGGAUUAAAGUUUAUUAGCCAGUUAUCUAAAACGUUGUAUUUUAAAAGAAUGGGCGGGGAAAUUAUUAAAUUGGAUAUUCCAGAAUGCAAUCAUUUUAAGUUCCCUUCAGAAGAAUAUUGGUCAUGUUAUGCAUUGAAUACUGUUACAACUCUGUUGCAUUUUUCUGGUACAUGUGCUAUGGGGCCAAAAGGUGUAGUUAAUGAGAGACUAAAAGUGCACAAUAUAGAUGGUUUACGAAUAGUUGAUGCAUCUAUAAUGCCAAAAAUACCAAGUGGUAAUACAAACGCUCCAACUAUGAUGAUUGGCGAAAAAGCAGCUGAUAUAAUAAAAGAAGAUUAUGGAGUGCUUUAUAAUAUCAAUUUGAAUAAUUAAUUAUUAGAUAUUGCAAAUAAUUAACGUGAUUCAGAUUGUGUUAUUUCUAUAAGAAUCAAAAAAUCUAUGGUCUGCUAGAUUUGUUAUCAAUGCGAGCUGUAAAACAAUUUUGAGAUUGGAAUUGGGACAAGGACUGACUGUUUGACUAUUAUGUGCAUUUCUGUGUAUUGUCAUCAUAAUUUCGAAGUAUUAGACCGGAAAUUUUAUGUGAGAUAAAAUGCGUGAAUUGAACUGAUUGUAACACCAUUCAGGCUUAUUGUGUAAAUAGUUAUUUAAUAAAUGAAUGAAUUUAGAAUAUA